AUGAGUCUUGUCGCUAACCAUCCCACUCUUACUCAUGUCGUCAGCAUGCUGGAAAAAACCACCGGCCGUGACAAGAUCCUAAGAACCAUCCAGUACUUUUCCCGAUUCUUUGCUUACGUUCUGUUUAAGAAGGGUGCCACCAAGGAGUCUAUUGCCUUUUGGAAACACCUCCAGGCACAGGUCGCUCUCUCCCGUAAACUAUUUCGUGUCGGCAAGCCUUUCAACCACCUGAAGCUCGCUGCUAAGGCAUAUGCAAAUAAAACCCAAGACCCUGUUUUGCGCACCACUGCUGUUUUGCGCAACGUCUUUUACACAGGAUACUUUUCCAUCGACUCUCUUGUCUGGCUCAACACUUCCAAAGUCUACCAGAUCCCCAACUUUAAGCCCAUCCAAAAGCUUGGCUCGCGGCUCUGGCUUAUUGGUAUCAUCUUCAACCUCAUCAACUCACUCCGUCGCUACCAGCUUGCCACUUUCCAGGAAUCAGCUCUUCUCUCUGAGUCUGAAAAGGACUCGGCUCAACUUAAAAAGGUCCAGAUUGAAAAGGCCGCAGCUACUCACCAAUUUGUUUGGGACGCCCUUGAUUCGUCUAUCCCCACCUUUGCCCUUGAUCUGGCUCCAGGUCUUCUCGACGAUGGUAUUGUUGGCCUCUUUGGUCUUAUCACAUCUAUCUUUGGUCUCAAGCAGCAAUGGAGAAUCACUGCUUAA